CCCUCUCUAUGCUCUCCCGUGGGGAGCAGUGAGACGGACCGUGGGCCAGAGAGGCCGGAAGUGCGGCAAACUGGGGCCGCGCUGGUCGCGCUGGCGGUGGGUCGCCUCGUUCCCCCGCCGUCUUUCCCUUUGGGCUCUGGGGCGAGCAGGCUCCUGAUGGAACCAGGGAAGGACGAGGAGGGGGUGCCGCAGCCUGCAGGGCCACCCACAAGGAAAAAAUUUGUAAUCCCGCUGGACGAAGAUGAGGUCCCUCCUGCAGGGGCCAAGCCCUUGUUCAGAUCCACACGGAACCUUCCUGCUGUGGAGACCUCUGCCCAGGAAGCCCCUCAGACCUAUGCUGAGUAUGCCAUCUCACGGCCCCCAGGAGGGGCUGGAGCUCCGGGCCCCACGGGGUCAGAACCCCUGGCCGGAGAGACCCCCAACCAGGCCCUGAAACCAGGAACAAAGUCCAACAGCAUCAUUGUGAGCCCCCGGCAGAGGGGCAACCCCGUGCUGAAGUUCGUGCGCAACGUGCCCUGGGAAUUUGGUGAAGUCGUCCCCGACUACGUGCUGGGCCAGAGCACCUGUGCCCUCUUCCUCAGCCUCCGCUACCACAAUCUCCACCCAGACUACAUCCACGAGCGACUGCAGAACCUGGGGAAGACCUUCGCCUUGCGCAUCCUGCUGGUCCAGGUGGACGUGAAAGAUCCCCAGCAGGCCCUCAAGGAACUGGCCAAGAUGUGCAUCUUGGCCGACUGCACUCUGAUCCUGGCCUGGAGCCCCGAGGAGGCCGGGCGCUACCUGGAGACCUACAAAGCCUACGAGCAGAAGCCCGCGGACCUUCUGAUGGAGAAGCUGGAACAGAACUUUGUGUCUCGGGUCACUGAAUGUCUGACCACCGUGAAGUCAGUCAACAAGACGGACAGUCAGACCCUCUUGGCCACUUUUGGAUCCCUGGAACAGCUCAUGUCUGCAUCACGGGAAGACCUGGCCUUGUGUCCGGGCCUGGGCCCCCAGAAGGCCCGCAGGCUGUUUGAUGUCCUCCACGAGCCCUUCCUCAAAGUGCCCCGAUGAACAGCUGCCACCUCCAGCGUGACAAUAAAGCAUUCUCUGGGGCCAGGC